AUGGAGUUAUUUCUCCCACCUUCAGAUUCUAGGGUGAACAAAGCUGAUGCAACUUCUGAUGAAAUUUUAGAACUUAUUCGAUUGUGGGUAAGAAGUAAGAACCCUGAUGGCGACCAACAAUCAGCCCUCAAGCUUAUUGAGCACAUUCGGAAGGGAAACGCAGAAGUGGUGCUUGAUAUAAUUAAAGACAACUUCAAGCACGCUCAUUCAUCAAUCCAACUUCGGAUGUUGGCUUUGAUGGAUAAAUGCGUUCAGAACAGUGGUCCCUAUUUUACUGUACUUCUUGCAUCGGAGAAGUGGACGGAACGGUUUUUUAGGGUGGCCAAAACUACACAAGUCCCACAAGUGCGUGACAAAAUUAUCACGAUGACCAUUAUGUGGUACAAGCGGCACCACACAAAAGGCCACGAGCGCCUCCUGCAUCGUUUCGCAAAUAGCAAGGUACUCGGAGCACCGUACCGUGAUCUUGAAAAGGACAUUGACGAUAAGUCCAUGUCUUCACACACCCUACAGCCACCACAAAAUGUGGCUAUGCAAAAUUUUGACAAUGUCAACGUCAACCCCAACUACAUUAUAAACAACGAGGAGACUAUGAUUUUGGCAUUUCAGGGUGAUUUGGCGUCGUUGGAAUACGGUCUUGAGCAUCCCCAGAUUCUGGAGAACAGUGAUAUUGCUCAAUCGUGUCGGGAUGACAAACACCAGUGCAUGCAAAUGCUGGAAUCCGGUAUCCACGAGCGCAUUGCACCGGAGCUUAUGUCUCUGAUAGAAGGAUUCUCUGUAGCUCUGGAGCUCUACGAGGCUAUGACUGGUGUGGAUCUUGGUGAGGGUGAGGCUGCAAGGCAGCGUGCUGUUGAUGAGGACCUUGCAGAACCUGAUAGCGAUGAUGACGAACAUCAACGCCGCAUUCGUCAAAAGGUGAGUGUAAAUCCAAUGACUACUGGCCAGGCUAUAGUAAAUGCUCAGCAGGAGAUGCAACAAACUAUCGAUCGCGAGCAUGCCGUAGCACAAGAACUGAGACGACAAUACGAUGACUUGCUUCGCGAGCACGAGCAGUUGCAAAACAAAUACAAGGAUGCAAAAGCCAAGAGCAGAGAAACUGUCGCCCUUUUGAACGAGUAUGCGGAGCGCGUAGACAAUUUGGAGAAGGGGGUCGGGGUCUCCAGUGCUUUAGCGUCUCCGCCAGCGGCUUCAUCUGCACCUGCGAGCCAGCAGAUUUCUCUAGCACAAGCUUCUCUUAUGCGGGAUUGCACACAGGCCAUUAGUCGUGACCUUCGUAAAUUAAAGGAGCAAUGCAACCUUGAUAUCACAAGGGAGUGUCAGUUUUACUCAGGUCAGCUGCUUAGUGUCUUAGCUUCCAUUAUGCAAGCAUCUGAGAAAGAUCGUUCAGCAGAUCAGAAGGCAUUGGAAUGGACACAGGAAUUGUACAAGAAGGAAAUGAAGCUUCGUAAGCAAUACUACAAUACUAUUCAGGAAUUAAAGGGCAGCAUUCGUGUGUACUGUCGUGUGCGUCCAAUGUUGCUCAAGGAAAUCCAAAGUGGUUAUACCGAUAUCAUGAGCUACCCUGCUACGGAUGAGCUAGGGUUUAUUGAUUCUUCUGGUCGUCCGAAGCUCUUCGAGUUCGACGAAGUGUACCCACCAGAUGCAUCCCAGACCAAAGUUUUUGAGGAUACUUCACCACUCAUUGAUAGCGUUGUGGAUGGCUACAACGUGUGCAUCUUUGCGUAUGGGCAGACCGGUAGUGGAAAGACCUAUACAAUGGGUGGGGAUAGUGGUGAUGCGAAGGGUAUUAACACGCGCGCUCUUGAGAGGCUUUUUACGAUCAUUGAAGAGCGAAAGGAAACUGAGGUCUCAACUGUGCAUGUUUCUGUUCUAGAAAUUUAUUGUGAGCAGAUUCGUGACUUGCUUGUGAGCCGGAGUGAGGCAGCCGGAAUUACCUACGAAGUCAAGCAAGGUGGCCCUUAUGGCACCUAUGUGACUAAUUUGAAGGAGUUAACUGUGAGUUCUGCGAGCGAGAUCGAUAACAUUAUGCAAAAAGCAUCUAAACACCGUAGCGAGGGAACAACGAACAUGAACGAAUAUUCAUCACGCUCACACAUGAUCUUAUAUGUAAUUGUGCGCACCACCAACAGGCAAACCAACAUGCAGAGCUACGGUAAGCUUUCUCUUGUUGAUCUUGCAGGGAGUGAGCGGCUAGAGAAGAGUGGUGCAGAGGGUCAGCUGAUGAAAGAGGCUGUGUCCAUUAAUAAGUCCUUGUCUUCAUUGGGAGAUGUAAUUUCCGGUUUAGCUAACAACAACAAACACAUCCCUUUCCGCAACUCAAUUCUUACCUAUUUACUCCAGGACUCCAUGGCUGGCCAGGCUAAGGUAUUGAUGUUUGUAUGCGUUAGCCCAGCGAGCUACAAUGCUAGUGAGUCUGGUAGUUCCCUUAUGUUUGCCUCUCGUGCUCGUGGUGUGGAGUUUGGACAGAUUAAGAAGAACGCUGUUGUAGGGAAAAAAGUAUAG